AUAAUGUGUAAAUAGCUUUCUUUUCACCUUUGACAUUUAGCUGUCGGUGCUGAUAUAGUUUUCGAAAUAUUUCAUGUUUCGAGUUACUGACAUAAAGAUGUUAGUUUUAUUGAUACCGAUAUGGAUUCUAAUUCUCGAUACUCAAAUAGCAGCGGGGAAAAUCAUCGAAAGAAAUAAUUUACGAUGCGAAAACGAUAACGUCGAAAAAUUUUCGAGUAUAUUUCAUGUUGGUAAAGAAUUGAUUUGCCACGAUUUAACAAUAACAAAAUACGAUGUUAUAGAGAGAAAAUCGUGGAAAAAAGAAGACGACAAAUACGUCGUACAAUUCGCUUCGGUUAACGGAUCGUUCCAUAGGAAAUUGAUAAACAAUUAUCCUUCCGUUAAUACUAUUUUCGUUUAUAACAGUACUAUCAGAGAUUUUUCUUUGCCGUUCAGAAAAUGUGGAAUACUGUUAAUAAUCGAAUCGAAUUUACCGAUAAUAACAAGCGAUUUUUUCGUCGAAGCUUCGGGAUUACGUCACUUGGGUUUUUAUUCGAAUCCCGAUGUUGAAUUCGAGGAAGGCUGUUUUUCGGAUUUACGUCAUUUACGAAAUUUAACGAUUUUCAACGAAUCGUUUCCGAUACUCAAAAACAAUUUUCUAGAAGGUCUAGUUAAAUUAAAAAGAUUAGCCAUCGUUAAUUCCCAAUUAGAAAAAAUCGACAACGACGCUUUUAUAUAUAAUAACGAUUUACACGAAAUUAUUCUAGAUGGUAAUCCCAUGGAGGAAUUCGUCGCCAAUUUAUCUAUAUUACAUCAUUUGAGAACCGUUUCCUUAUUGAAUACGAAAUUGAAAAAACUCGAUUUACCGAUUUUCUUUCCCGUUUAUCAUUUGCAUACUUUGGGUUUACCUAAUUCCGUUUGGUCCGGUAUAUCGGUUGUACGAUUGGCGGAAGCUUUUCCCCGAUUGAGAACGGCCGUGUUUAACGAAGAAGAAAAAGGAAAUGACGUAUUAGAUACGUUGAUGGACGAUUUCGAAUCGUCCGGACUACAAAUUCGUAAAGUUAAACAUCCCAAAGAAAUUAACACCUUCAUGUAUGACAUCGCUAGCUAAUAAAUUUUUUUUAAUACUAUUUACGUUGUUAAUUAAGUAAUAAAUUGAUUAUUUUGAA